UUAAUACCAAUAGUUUAGUCAACAAACUACUCGAAUAGAGUCACUUACAGCCAUAGCAACAAAACAAUUAAAAUAUAUGAUUAUUGUUAUUACUCUAUGAUUAUUGUUAUUAUUAUUAUUGAGUUUUCUCUGUAUAUAUGUUUCAGUUAGACCUCUCUUUUACUCAAAAAAAUAAUAAUAAUAUAAAUAAUAGACAUAUCUUUCGGCCGCCAUUUCCAUAUCAAGCACUGGUAGUCCAUAACCAUUGGCAUAUUGACGACAACGAUAACAAAAGUUGAAAGGGAUUGGCCGCACAUUGGGAUACGGGUGCGCAUAGCGGACACACACACACACCAUACACACGGAUAUGACGCUCAAUAUGGUUGACCCGCGCCGAGGUCGGGGACGGCCGCGAAAGUUUGACAAGAGUGGACAAGUAUUUCUAUGCGAUUGGAUGGGUUGCGACCGAAAAUUUAGCCAAAGCUGUAAUCUAAACAAACAUCUAUUGACACAUUCAGGUGUCGGCGGUGGUAGUAGUAGUGGCGGCCAAUCAAAAGGCGAUCGUCCGUUUGCUUGCGAUUGGCCACAGUGUGGGAUGUGGUUUACACAGUCAUCUAAUCUCAACAAACAUUACUUAACCCAUACUAAUGAGCGACCAUUUCGGUGCAAUUGGCCGGACUGUGAAAAGCGAUUUAAACAAUCGUCUAAUCUUAACAAACAUCGACUCGUGCACACCGGUGAAAAACCGUAUGUCUGUGACUUCCCUCAAUGUACGAAAAAGUUUUCGCAAUCAAGCAAUUUAAAGAAACAUAAAUUAGUACACUCUGGCGAAAAGCCAUUCAAAUGUCAUUUUAACGGUUGCGGCAAACAAUUUGAUCAGAGCUGUAAUCUAAAUAAACAUUUCCUAACUCAUAUUGGCCAUAAGCCCUAUGUAUGCGAAUAUCCGGAUUGUGGCGAAAAGUUUUCCCAGUCUUCGAAUCUAUCCAAACACUACCGAAGCAAACAUAAUACUACAGCACCGGCACACUCAUUGAAUACCAGUUCCAGCAGUACAGGAGAUGAAGAAGAAGAUUCGACACAAUUUAUCAAAUGCGAUGCCAAUAAUUGUGAUGUCAUCCUAAGCCAACCGAAACCUGGCGGCGGCGGUCCCGGCGAUCAUUCAUCAAAAGAGUCUCAUUCGAUGACUCACCACAAGAAGCGAGUGUCCACUACACUCGUGGACAGCAGCAGUGCCAUAGCACUGGCCAACGAGUUGGAGGCAGUGGCAGCCGCUCAUCGGAUAUGUCCUACAUCUAGAUUUACAUUUGAAACGUUACCCAUUAGUUUAAACUUGAGCUAACUUAUCAUUAAUUACAAUAUAUGUUAAUUUUUUUUGACAUCAAUUAGUAGUGUUUCUAAUGAUUUUCUAUAAUUAUUUUUUUUCUCCCGAAAAGUUCAAAGUAUAAUAAUAAUUAUAAU